GGCACCCAGAGCUGAGGGAAGGCUGGCGCGCGCGCGCGCGCGCGGCGGCGACGGCGGCGGCGCCGGCGACAGCAGCCCAGCUGGACCGGGACCGGGCAGCGGGAAGCUGACGUACGAAGCAACGUGAGUGAGGCGCGAGGGCGGCACCCAAGCCGGGAAGCCCGGCUCGGCGCGAACCGCGGCGUACCAGACCCAGGUCCAGGCUUCCGAGGCCCCGCCUCUCGGGCUUUGGGACUAAUCGGAUUGAGAGCGCGCCGGCCCGGGCCGCGAACUCGCCAAUUGCAGAGGGCGUCGGCCACCGCCCAAUCCGAAGCAGACAGGUGCGAGGUCUGGAAGGCGGACACCAAUCAGCAGCGGUUGCGGCCUGUUGGGGCCGGUCUCGGCCAAUGAGAAGGCCCGAGUGACAUCUCCGCACGCCAAUCGGGAGUGAAGGAGCGUUCGUGCCCGCCCGCCCUUCCGGCCUGAGCUCUAUUUACCAGGGGCGUGCUGCCGGCUUGCCAAUCAGAGCGCGGCUGAGCGGCCAGGCAGCCAACCGGGGAGGAGCGGCCGGCCGGCGUCUGCCGCACCCAGGAGUUGGGGAUGUCCUACAAACCCAUCGCCCCCGCCCCCAGCAGCACCCCCGGCUCCAGCACCCCUGGGCCCGGCACCCCGGUCCCUACAGGUGAGGAUCCAGCUCCACCCCUGCUUGCCUGCCCGGGCGGUCGAGGUCUCGAAGAGAAGACGGCCUGAGUUCUGCAAUACUGGGCCUGCCGCCUACCCUCGCUGAGCCUCAGUUCGCUGGCCUGUGAAGUGGGCGUGGUCACGUAAGGGCUUGUUGGUGAAGCGCAGGGGGAGGGGUUUGUCCUGAAGUUUAGCAGCCUGGAAUGAAGCCCUUUGGAGGGAAUCGGGCGAAUCUGGUCCAGGGCUUGGAACGUCGGGGCGAGGCGUCCCUGCCCCGCGCUGACCUCUUACUGGCGCAUGUUGCAGCCGGAAGUGUCCCAUCGCCGUCGGGCUCGGUGCCAGGAGCCGCUGCCCCUUUCAGACCACUGUUUAACGACUUUGGACCGCCCUCCAUGGGCUAUGUGCAGGCAAUGAAACCACCUGGCGCCCAGGGCUCCCAGAGUACUUACACCGACCUGCUGUCGGUCAUAGAGGAGAUGGGCAAAGAGAUCCGGCCCACCUAUGCUGGUAGCAAGAGCGCCAUGGAGCGCCUGAAGAGAGGCAUCAUCCAUGCCCGGGCCCUAGUCAGAGAGUGCCUGGCAGAGACAGAGCGGAACGCCCGCACGUAACAGGACUCGACUCCGCCUCAGCAUCUGGACCUUUCCUGGCCACUGCAGAGCACCUGCUUCUCCCUGGUCUUCACCCCGAGUUGCACUUCCCAUCCUGGGCUUCCUGUCCUGUGUCCUUUGGUGGGUGCCCUCCAGGAACCAGUGGGCGGCUCUCACUCCAGUCGGCAGCACUAACUGGAAACCCCCAAAAGAGUUAGCAGCGAGGUCACUGUGAAUCCCAUCCAUGACCUGCCAACAGUGUUGAUCCGACUGGAACUUCCUCCUUUCUGUGGCCCCCACCACUCAGCACUUACCCAGGACUUCUCACCACUUUUCCCAGACCCCUUCUCCCCAGCAGGGCCUCAGAAGGCCUGUCGCCUCCCUGCCCUGUCUCCUGGGCCAUGGCGACUCUUUUCUCAGUGUGUCUUUUGCUAAAUAUGCCCUUUUUGUAUAAAUAAAAGAUAAUUUGGAGUUGUUCUCUCA